AUGCCCGCGGACAGAGUCAAGGAAGCUCAAGUGCUGUUCAACACUGAGCCUCAGCAUCAGAUCCCUCUCGCAACACCCCUGGCAGCCUAUAUUCGAGUCCCGCUGUCAUGGUAUCACAGCACCACAUACGCCUUCUUCCCGGAUGAGACGCAUUCCAUGAUCCGCAGGGUCUACACACACCCAAGCCAGGACUAUUCCAAGCGGCACUUUUGUGGCUUCUGCGGCACCCCGUUAUCGUAUUGGUCCGAGGACCCUCGGAGCGAGGCCGAGUUCAUCAACCUCACGCUCGGCAGUCUGCUGCGGGAGGACAUUCGAGACCUGGAGGAUAUUGGUCUGAUCCCCCAGGACGGCGAUGAAGAUGCGCCGUCCGGCAGCGAGGCUGCGCCGGCGGCGACACCGACGAAAAGGACAGCUCUCCAGCAGUCGUUUGGCGUUCCCUGGUUCGACGGCUUAAUCGACGGUUCUCGGCUAGGAAACAUGCGCCGGAGCUACGGCACUAGGAGAUCGCGCGACGGGCAGACGAGCAUCGAAUGGGAAAUUGUCGAGUUUUCGGAGAAUGGCGGCGGAGAAACGGGCGAGGGCGAUUCUGCGUUGAUGCAUCUUGGCAAGAGGAAGCUUGGAGAGCAUGAUUUGUGA